AUGUCAAAUACCCAACCUUUCCCUACUCGUUUCAAAGAAGACACUCAAGAAGUCUCGUCUUCCUCUUCCGACGAGUCUCGCGAAGAGUAUCAACUAAAAAUCAAAGGCAAAUAUUCAGCUGAACGUUUAAUGAUGAUGCUUGACAAAGAAAAGCUUGAAGCACUGGAAGAAGAAUUCAACGACCACCCAGAUGGGAUCGAGCUUCACAGCUUUGUGUGAUUAAUGAAAUGUGCAAUGGCCGUGAGUCCUGAGGAAAAAGCCGAAUUGGUGCUCGGGCUUUAUUAUUUAUUUCAAGAAAUCGACAUCAAUGGGGAUGAGCACAUGGAGUGAUCAGAAUUCACGCAGUAUAUUAUUGAUGCUGUUAUGGGACAGCAAAGCAAAGAAAGAUCUGAAGACAAAGAAUUGACUCCUGCAGAAAUUAUGGAGCUUGCACAUUCUCAUAAAUCGAGGAGAUAUCAGCUGAGCAAACUUGUUGAUAGGAGCUUGCAUACAGGAAUUAUUCGACAAAUUUCUUAUUACCCAUCAUUGGAUUUAAUCCCAGUCGUUGAAAUGGGAUCUCCAAGUGUCAGACUUUACACUGUAAACUGUGAAGUAAAAUUUGCUAUCACUCCGCCUUAUUCCAGAAAUGCAUUCGUCCUGGCAGCUGCUUAUUCCGAAAAAGAGUACUUGCUAGUGAUUAUUGGCAGCGAUAACUGCUUGCAUGUCUAUGAAAAAGAUGGCAGCGGAUUCAGGUUUUUUAAGAGUUUUCAAACAGAAUGCACCCAUCUAGCUCUGUGGUAUUUUGAAGAGCACAAAGCUUGGGUUUCAGCUUGUGAUGACUUUACUCUUAGGCAGUGAAAUGUAAGGAACGGCCAAGAAAUAGGAAUAUUUAAAGGUCAUACCAAUACGAUCAUGGAUGCUAUAGAAAUUCUCAACCCUCUAUGCAUAGCUUCAGCCUCUAUGGAUGGAUGCAUUUUACUAUGAGAUGUAACAGAACAAAAAAAUAUAGGAGUUCUCACUGGAAAGCACGCUCUGGGGGUCAGAAAUAUUGAUUACAGCCCGGAUUAUGGAGGAAAUAUAGUAAGUGUUGGAUAUGAAAGAGAUAUCCAUGUAUGAAGCCCUGAAGUUUCUAUAUCAAAAUGCUACACAGGAAAGCUAGAAGGGCACAACUGCCCUGUUGUUUCUUGCAAGUUUUUUAGAGGAAGGCCAGUUUGUGUUAGCGUUGAUGAGAAAGGGAAUGUGAGACUAUGAGAUGUAAGAGAGUUUCUGUGCUUACAAAUUAUUAGCCAUGAUAGAGGAAAAAUAGAAGUAGCUAAGCUACUAACUGUAACAAAGCAUGACAAAUUUGUAGUAGCAGGAAGGAGAUUAAUAUGGUAUGAACUGCAUAAAGAAUCGGCCAUAAAAACCAAUAGUAAAGAUGUCUCUCCAGUUUAUGCAGAUUUUAACUCCUAUUAUUUACAGUUCGUAGUCGUCACAAAAUAUGACAUAAGGAUUUAUGACUCAAUUACAGGAAAAUUAAAAAAAAUAUAUACAGAAGUUCAAGACCCUAAAACUGAAUCGGAACUCACAGCAUUUUCUCUAGACCACAGACACAGGAUUUUCAUCGUAGGAGACAACUCAGGCUCAGUUAGAGCUUACAACUUCUCUAAUGGUGCUUUAAUGAAAGUUAUCCAAGGAGAUACAGAAGAGCACAAAAAUCUGAACACCUCACUCUCCCCAUUUAAAUUGGAACAAAAUCCAAUUUAAAUUUUUUUUUUAAAAAACAUCAUAUUAAAUUUUAAGAAUAAAAAAAAUAUUAUGCGUAGGCGUAAUUUUGGGAGAGUCUACAUUUUUCUCACAUGUGGGGGUUUCAACAAUUAAGUGGUUCCACAUGUGGGAAAUGCUCUAUGUGUGAGACACUCGCAAAAUUAUGCUAACGCAUAAUAUAUACUGAACCCAAUUUUUUGAGUUUUAAUUUAUUUUAUGAAGAAUUAAUUCAAAAACUUAAUUGAUUCAGUGUGGGAAAUGUUUAAAUAAUACUCUACUUGAGCUUUUUCCGUUAAAUUAAUUCAAAACUAAUUUUAUAAAAAAGUUAGUAUUUUUAUUUAUAAAAAUUUCGUAUUGAAAAAAAAAAUUGUUCCGAUUUAAAGUGGAUUAAAUUCCCUUAAAAAUUGAAAUUUUAAUGUCUUGCUCAAAUUUAAAGGGUUAGAGUCAGAAACUGAAGAAAAUCCUCAGCCUGCAAGUAAAAUUUCUUCCCCAAAAUCAAAAUCUAAAGCAAAAAAAGUCCCUGAAAAAACAGAAAGUGAACAAAGUGGGGAAGGCCACAAGCUAUUUUCAGGAGACGACUGAAAUUCAGAGAUCUCAAGCCUCUGCUUCUGCAUGGAAGAUAAAAUUCUAAUAGCAUCAAGCUGGGAUUCAACAAUACGUGUUUAUGAUAUGCAAAGCCUAGAAGAAUCUUCUUUAUUAAGAGUUAUGACAGGGGGCCAUCAAGGAUCAGAUAUAACUUGUCUGACUUAUUCUUCCCAUCUUUCUCUGCUUGCUUCUGGGUCUAGCAAUGGGAUUGUAGCUGUGUGGGAUUUUGAGAUGGGAAAGCUCGAAGCUGCCUGCAUCGGGCACACCAAAGAGAUCACUGCAAUUGCAUUUAUUGAGCCAUACCCUAUUAUGGUGACUGCUUCUUGCGACAAUACAAUCAGAUUUUGGGCAGUUAGACCUCAUGCUGGGAAAAUGCGCUAUCAGUGCUUUAUGAAAGUGAUAAACCGCUCCUGAGGCAACUGCCGUGAUACAAAAACACCUACAAGUGUGUUUGUUAGUGUCCAAGAAAGAGCUCAAGGCAUGCAGAGAUAUAAAAGAAAAAAACACUUUAAAGUUCCUAAAAAAGGGCAGCCUGAAGAAAGACUUAAAACUCCUGGAAAUCCGAGUUCCUUACCACCAGUCCCAGCACCAAAGACAAAAGAAAUAGAAAGAACGAGCAUAAGUGGGAAUCGACUGCCUUCAUCUCACAUAGGAUCUCCAAGAGACAGCUCUCAUUCAUCAUCAGAUCAAGAUGUUGAUAGUGACACCGAAUGGGUUGAGGAAAAGAAUGCAGAAAUGAUUGAGGAUCCUAGCAACGAAGAAGUUAAAAAAAGAUGCUAUUUAUAUAUGGGAGAUAAUAAAGGCUAUAUAAAGAUUUGGUCACUAGAUUCGGUUAUUGCAAGAUAUAGAAUUAUUCCUUUGGAAAGAUCAGAAAGAGACAAGCCGAGCUAUAACCCUCGAAGAAAAGACGAAAAAAACGCAGAAUCAGAUGUGAAAUUUUGGAUCAAAGAAGCAGAAACUAUGCAACCGCCUGAAUUAGUCAACCCAGAAGUUGACCUAUUAGCAAGGGAAUGGAAAGCUCACAACGAAUCUGUUACCUGUCUAAAAUUAAUAAUUGAUCCAAAAGGGCUGCUUUCUUGUUCAGGGGACAAAACUGUAAAAAUAUGAAACAGAGAAGGCGAGCCGUGGGGAUUAAUCAAUCUUAAUUCCCCAGAACUGCCUAAAAAAUGGUAUUUUCCUUUUGACUGGGAAGCCAAGCGUCAAGCUGAUAUCCAGAAAGUCAUAGAAGUCUUAUCAUUAAUUGAUGAAAAAGUUGAUAUAGAUCCUAAAACAUUACCUGUUGGGCCUACACCCGUCCAAACCACUAGAAAAACUCGCAGAGUUAAAGGAAAAAAGCCAAAAGCAAGACCUCAAGCAGGAAAUAAAAAACUCCAAGCAAGUGUAAGCCAAGGAAACUUCUUCAGUGAUGAGUACCAAGAUGAAGAUUUAGAAGAAAUUAAUGAAAGACCUCAACUCACACAGAAGAAAUACGCUGGGUCUACAGCGAAUUUGAAAAAACUUUUAGACGAAGAAGAUGAAAAGAGAUUUAAAGAAAUCACUGAUCCGAAGCCGCUAGCUAGUAAAAAAUUGCCAAAUAUGAAAAGGCCUAAGGAUAUAAAUUUCGAAGAUAUUAAUAGAAAAUUGACUUUGGACUCAAAAGUCCCGAAAAAUGAAAAAGCUCUUAUGUCUUCCAUGAAAAGAAGCAGCAAAAAUAAAGUAAGCAAAGAAGAGGAAGAAACAAAACAAUCCAGGAAGCUUUCAGCUACUCAAUCCAAUACAAACUUAGCAGCAAUUUCCAAACUAGGAGCCACAAAAUCAUCCUUAAAAACAGAGGUGCCGCUCUCUAUGGACAAAGCAAUAAAUGCAAUGAACCAGCUAAAAAAACGGCGACCAAUUUUAGGCUACAAUAAUGGAGGUCUUCCUAUAUCCAAUGUCCAUGAGCGAGUAGGAGGAGAAAUGAAUAGAAUUAGGCUUAAUGCAAUUAAUAAACAAAACGAAAUGAAACAAGAUGUUAGAUACCGACCAGGAGAAUCAAUUAGACUACUUAAUAGAGCAAUAUCAAGCCAAAUUUUAGUCCAAACUUCUGUUCUAUCGCCUUAUACAGAGGAUAUUGAAACUCUUCAAAAGAAAAAUGAAAUUCUGAGGAAGCUGGGAGAGCCUUCCCUAACUCCCCCCUCCUCCGUAUGUGAGCAAAACCAUUAGAAAAAUCCCUAUUUUUUGCCCAAAAAACCACCCUCCGUGAGUGAACAAAAAUAUUUUAAUAGAAAAAAUUUUUUGGAAAAAAAUUUUUAUAUAUAAGUGAUAAUUAAUUAGUAUAAUCCAAUUUUUUUUUUGCGAAUUAGGAUUUUUUUAAAUUUCGAAAAAAAAUAUUUUCUAUAAAAUUUAUAUAUAAAUUUUUUUUUAAAAAAAAAAUUAACCCCCCUCCGUAAGUGAACAAAAAUUUUUUUAUUCACUCACGGAGGGGGGGGAGUAAGCAAAAAAGCUGGGACAAGCUCUAUGGCAGACCUACAGCCGGCAAUUCAGCAAGUAAAGAAAAAUGCUCAACAAUAA